AUCCACCGAAGGGCUCUCCGAGUACGAGCUCGGCUCUAAUGGCACACGACGAGCCAACGCGGUCCUCCUCAUGCUCGUGCGCAACUCAGAGCUAGAAGGUGCCUUACGGAGCGUCACUCAGCUCGAAGACCGCUUCAACCAUCGAUUUGGCUAUCCUUGGAUUUUUCUGAACGAGGUCCCGUUCACUGACGAGUUCAAAGAAAAGAUGAGCGCCGCCAUUGCCGGACCAGUCUCCUUUGGACUGAUCCCGAAGGAAGACUGGUAUCAGCCAGGCUGGAUAGACGAGGAGAAAGCUGCUGCGAGUAGAGCUCAGAUGGAAGCCAACAAUGUCGUAUACGGAGGCAGCGUCUCCUAUCGUAACAUGUGCCGCUUCAACUCCGGCUUCUUCUACAGGCAUCCUCUCGCGCAACGCUACAAGUGGUAUUGGCGAGUUGAACCUGGUGUCAGCUUCCACUGCGAUACCGACUACGACCCUUUCCUCUUCAUGGAAGAGCAUGACAAGGUCUAUGGCUUUACCAUCUCUCUACAAGAGUGGCCACCAACAGUUCCGACGUUGUGGGAUGCCGUCAAAGAAUACAUCGCUGCGAACCCGCAACAUGUAGCUCCCAACAACUCCAUGGCCUUCCUCUCCGACGACGGCGGCAACUCUUAUAACAUGUGUCACUUCUGGAGUAAUUUCGAGAUCGCGAACAUGGAGUUUUGGCGCGGUGAGGUGUACAGCAAGUUCUUCGAGCACCUGGAGUCCAAGGGCGGGUUCUAUUACGAGCGCUGGGGCGACGCCCCUGUCCACAGCAUCGGCGCCGCGCUCUUUGCCCGCAAAGACCAGAUUCACUUCUUCGACGACAUCGGGUAUCAGCACCCGCCCUUCAUGCACUGUCCGCGCCUCCACAGCGUGCGGCAGGAACGCAACUGCUCGUGCACGCAGUAUCAGAGCUUCGACAACAACAUGUACUCCUGCUUGCGCAAGUGGGAGCAAGUGGUGCGGUCGUGAGACGAGGGUGCCGCCUUCUGGUGCUUCGCUGCGCCCGAGCCGCGCGCCGCCCACGAAGCCCGGCGGAUGCUUGAGUAGCAUCCGCAACCCGGUCCGGUGCCGGCGAAACGGUUGGCUGGCACAGGUCGAUGGCGUUUGGACGUCGAGGUGCGACACAUACGAAGGCCCUGAUACAGUACAGUACAGUAUCCGGACUGCACAAGGGCAUUGGGAUCUCACUUGGUGAGCGGUUUCUUGCGCGUGGAGUUCAUGGACAGUCCAGGACGCUUGCGUGUAUGCGCGCAGUCUCACAUUUACACAUGUACUUACUGUAAAGGCUUCGAAUAGCCGGCUGUCUGGGACGCCAUCUAGAGUUACGUUAAUGCUAAGAUGUUAUCAC